AUGUCUAAGUCUAAAUCCGCAGUCAAGUCCGGAAACACGCCGUAUCCCGGAGCCUUCUUGAACAGUGCCGGGCUAUUGAAUGUCUGGAAAACGAUUCCUGGCUCUGCGGAAGAUUACACAGUUGAGAUCAAGUUCCGCGAGUCAGACCAUAGGCCAAUCAUUGUCGAGCGGAUCAAGAUUGUCGCAACUGGCCACUAUGUCGAGACCAGAAUGGCCUGGCUCGAGCCGUUGCAUAGCACGGUUCCGAAGACUGGAAAUGGCGAUACUGGUAUACCAAACCACUGUUACUCUCGAAGCGCUUGGUACGAUGCGAAAACUCAAGACGGACCGUAUGACCCGGAAAAGGCGCGUCCCGAAGGCGGCUAG